AAUUUUCAAAAUUUAAAAUAUUUUUGUAUCAUCAAAUGGAUUCUGAAGAUAUUACGAAACCUUCAACAAGCGAUACUACGGAUAAUCAACAAGAGUAUUUUACUGAGGGUUCAGCUAGUGCAACUUGCGUAUCUUGUAGACAGAGUUGGUUAAGAGGCAAACCAAAAGUAAUGGAAAGCCAUCUUGCAUUACGUUGUGAGAAGGUUUCUGAUUAUGUUAGUCGUGGAAAUUUACAUUUUUGUGUAGAUAACAUUGUAAAAGAAGCUUUAUAA